GCUAGUCUUCCAGUGUGCAAUCAUUGAAUUGGUCAAUCAAUCACUAACAUUUCUCUUCUUACAAGGUUGAAGAGAACGUAAUCCACGAAGCACAAGAUGUUCCAAGCACCAUACCCACCUUAUGAUCCAACUGAUACAUCUGGAUUCUCAUACGACACAGUAGUGAAGAGGUGGCCCAUCAUCUUGACAAACAUCAUCGAUCAUGUCCAUCGUCUUCUCCAUGACAUGACUUUAGAGACCCAACAAAUCCGCGAUUCGGACGUUUCCAAGGCAGAAGAACUGUCUAAGAAGAUAACAGAGGGGCAAGAAAUUAUCUCGGAGAUAAGCCGUUUGAAAUAUCGAAUGGCAAGGGACCACGAACUCGAAAACAUACCUCAGGAUGGGGACAUUCUGGUCGCGGAAUAUAAUGCGGAACUUGAGAGUCUGAAACAGACAUCCCGCAACACUUGGUUCCAGGCACCAUGGUUGUAUGCAGAAUACCGUCUGAUCCGCGCGUAUUUCAACCAGAAACCAUACUGGCGCGGGUUUGACCCAUUUUCUCUUCAAAAGGAGGAAAUGUUUAAGAACAGUGGGGCAGCUAUCUAUCAAAUCGCAACCACUAUGCACGAAUUAGAAAGUGAGAAGGUCAAACUUCAAGGGGAUUCCGAUAAACUUGAAGUAUUGUUCAAGGAGAUGAUUUACAUGUGCCUAUGGUUAGAUCUUUCCCUCUUGACGCACCUCUCGCCGUCGGACAUAGAGCACUUGCAGACGGUCGGUAAAGAGGCUCAGGAGGCGAGGUCAAACUUCAUUCUCAAGGACGACCAAGGUGCUGUUUGGAGUUACAUCAAGACUCUGGCCAAUCAAGGAAAGCGUUUGGACUUCGUGCUAGACAACGAUUUCGUUUUUGCGGACUUUUUGGUCACUUACACUCCGUACUUCUCCCAAGUCGUGUUUCACCCGAAACUGUUCCCGUGGUUCGUUUCUGAUGUCACUCCUACCGACUUUGCGAACACUAUUUCGUCUCUACUUUCUACCACAUUCUUUCCACCAAACUCUGCGACUACUCCAGAUUCUGUUGCCCACUUACAACAGAUGGUCACCCGAUGGAAAAAUUAUAUAGAUGAGGGCAUUUUCACUCUCGCCACAGACAUUAGCAAUGGACAGAAGAUGACCGAGUUUUGGAAUGGUCCGUGGCCUUACUGGAACAUGAACGAACUAGCACCGGAUGGUUCUGGGUUGGUUAUUUUCAAAGUGAGUAGCACCGCAUACCUGAAUUUUGAAUUCUGCGUCGAAGCUACCGCAAGUGAACUGGCAGGUGAUGUUAGGUGGCCUGUGUCCACUCCGUUUCCAACCGCGAUCGGCCCACUGGCAGGAUCGUUCCCACUUCUCAGUCUUCGUACGAAUAAGGCUGACGUAGCGGUGGGCAUAGACGAGAAAGUAGCGGAGAAUCUUGAUAAGAAGGGCGAAAAGUGGAGAAUAAGCGGGAAGUAUGCUUUGGUGAGCUUUUUGCCACGAAGAAUUAACUAGUAGACUGG